AUUGUUGAGCCACAACUCCCAGGAGGUCCCGAUUAUGUGACAUGCUGAGAGUUGUGGUGUGUGCUCUGCCGCACAUGGCAGUGCAGCUCUGACUACAGAGGGUGAGCCGCUGUCAGCUGGUCUGGUGUGGUCACGUGGUGCGGGGUGGAAGGUCGCUCGAUCACAAUGGAGCUGUCGGAGGACUCGCUGAGGGGAUUGUAUCGUUUAGCGGAUCCGGCCCAGUUUAGCCCUAAAGCUUUCAGUGCUGUCCUCCGGGCGGCCUUCCAGAGCCUGAGCCCGGACCAGGCCGCACAUCCUGCUUUAGAUGACACAGUGUUUCAGCACAUCCCCCCAUGUCACAUGAAAGAGUGUCACUCUGCAGCCACUACGUGUAUACUGGAAGCAGUGAGGAACAAUAUAGAUAGAGCAGCUCUCAGCACAUUCCUGGAGGACAGCAAAUUCGAUAAAGAGAGGACAGAGCACUUCUGGACAGAAUACCAGAAACACAAAGAGUCUCUGGAAAUUCUGCUAGAAAACAUUGGCAGAGCUCCCCCGCAUGUGUCUGAUGUGUCCUGGCGUCUUGCCUAUGAAAUAAAGACCAAUCAGUUGUACAAAACCUACCGACCUUCCUACUUGGUGAAAUUGAAUUUAGAGUCCCCAGAUACAAGCUUGGCCCAGGACAUUAAUUUUAAUUGCUCAAUGGAACAACUGCAGGAUUUAGUUGGGAAACUUAAAGACGCUGCUAAAAGUUUGGAGAGGACAUCCCAAGUCUACCAAACCUCUUGUGUGGUGUCAUUGAGUGUGGGUGCAGCACAGAUCCGGCUGGAAGGCAAUGAAAUGAUCAUAGGGGUGAACACUGCAGCUCCAGACCACGUGACGUUGCGGGGCGGGCGGACUCUGAGCCAUUUUGGGGACGGUGUCAGUUUGCAGUGUGAGGCUCCAGCGAGCGGAGAGUCCGGGCAGGCAGGGAGAGAGCGGUGUUGUGAGAUCGGGGCUCUGAGUUGGGGGAGGAAAAAUAGCUGCAGGGCCAGGCUGUGCACCGGGAGGAGAGGGAACACCGUGCACAUAAACAGGCGGUCAGGACAAAGCGCUGAACAUGGUGUAAUCUGCCCGGAUCCGGCGACAAGAGGCGGCAGCGCUUGCAAGGUUGCACGGCUGCAAAGCGCAGGAAGCCGAGGAGGUAUCGGGGGACCUCCCACCCUCGGUUUGGCUUUGGCUGGAGAAGUGGGGGAUGAACGCAGUCCCUGCACUGACAGCGUCUGCAGAUCAGCUCAAGAUGGCCGCCCCUGGGCUGCUGCUCAUCCGCUGAGCGCCCCCCCGGACACCGCAUUGUCCCCGGACCCCCCAGCAACAGCAGCCACCCCAAAGAGAAGCUCACGAGGGAAAGAGAGAGUGUCCUCUUCUACUGUCACCAUGCAUCGGACAACCAGGAUUAAAAUUACCGAGCUCAACCCCCAUCUGAUGUGUGUUCUCUGUGGUGGAUACUUCAUUGAUGCCACAACAAUUAUUGAGUGUCUUCAUUCCUUCUGUAAAACAUGCAUCGUGCGUUAUCUGGAGACAAGCAAAUAUUGUCCUAUCUGUGAUGUCCAAGUGCACAAGACUAGACCCCUGUUGAAUAUAAGGGCAGACAAAACCCUCCAAGAUAUCGUGUACAAGCUGGUGCCAGGACUUUUUAAGAAUGAAAUGAAACGAAGAAGAGACUUUUAUGCAGAUCAUCCUUCUGCAGAUGUAACAAAUGGCUCCAAUGAAGACAGAGGAGAGGUUGCAGAUGAGGACAAGAGGAUAAUCACAGACGAUGAGAUUAUCAGUUUAUCCAUUGAGUUCUUCGAUCAGAACAGGCUGGAUCGCAAAGGAAGCCGGGAAAAAGAGAAAUCGAAAGAAGAGACUAAUGACAAGAGGUAUCUGCGCUGUCCGGCAGCCAUGACAGUGAUGCAUCUACGGAAGUUUCUUAGAAGCAAAAUGGAUAUACCUAGUACCUUUCAGAUCGAUGUCAUGUAUGAAGAGGAGCCCUUAAAAGACUAUUACACCUUAAUGGACAUCGCAUAUAUAUACACCUGGAGAAGGAAUGGGCCUCUUCCUUUAAAGUACCGAGUAAGACCCACAUGUAAAAGGAUGAAAAUCAGCCACCCUACUGACAGAGUGAACAACAUUAGUGGAGACCUUGAAAGUGACUCUGGUAGUGACAAAGCAGGAAGUCCAGCGGGUGGGGUGGCUUCCACUUCCUCCUGCUUGCCAAGCCCCAACACCCCGGUCCAGUCCCCACACCCACAGUUCCCUCACAUCUCCACCACCAUGAAUGGGACCAUUUCCACUCCCAACAACAACCACCAGAAUCCUUUCAGCAAUCGUGCACGGAAAAUGUCACUGAAUGGAUCAGUGGCCACUUCUUCAGGAUGAGAAGCUACCAAAAAAGACAAGCACCCUGAUCUAUAAACCUCUUCAUGCAAUUACAAGCUUUGUAGAUGCUAAUACAUGUGACUGUCCAAAAUUGCUUAAUCUGUAGUUGAAAACUCCAAAAAUGGCAAUUGUCGGAGUUGGCAGUGAUUAUUUUUUUUUUUUUCUACCUGGAAAUUUGAUGGAGAAAAAGGACUUGACAGUGUGUAUUCUUCAUGUUCAUUACUGGAUAUAUAAAGCUGUAAAAUGGGACUUUGCUGGAUACAACCGAUAUGUGGAUAUAAUGUCACUAUAUACAUAUUAUGUAAAGGCUUUUCUCUCGGACUGAUCAUGGGAUACAUUUGUGGCUUUUGGACACCUGGUACAUUUUUGUUAUGCUUUGGACUAGUUUGGAUUAAUCUAAAAUGUUCGGUUCUGGGGAUUAUUGAAACAUUAUGGAUGUAUUAAAAAGGACAACUCCAGCGUUGUAUCCACUUUCUUGGAAUUGGUGUAACCUUGGAUAUAUUAUUCUCUAUGGACAAACCACAAUCUAUCUUGUUUUAUUGGUGUUUUGUGGACCAUUUUAGAGCACACUGUCAUCUUCUCCAAUCCAAGUGCUUUAUCAUCCUACCAAAAGGAAACUACAUAGACAGUUUUUUUUAUGUAGCCAUUUCACUGUGAAUAGUGAAUAAUGUCCUUAAGCUUUCAUGGUUUCCAGGUCUCUAUUUUGGCAUUACUGUAAAGACCUGUUUCCUACCGGACUUAGAUGGUUUCAUUCAUUCAUCUGGCAUCAAAGAGUCGAUCAGUUCCUGCACCGAAUCGAUCAAAACUUUAGACAAACUUUCAUUUUUAUUUUUUU